UUUCUAGUCAGGCAGCUCCUUGGCCACCUGGCAGGGCUGCGUCGCCUGGCAACGGCGGGGUCCUUCCUGGCUCGGCGGCGCUCGGGCCCUGAGGGGAGAAAGCCGCCGCGGAGGGCGCUGGGGGUGGCGGCGGCUGUACGGGAGGUGGCCGCAGAACGGUGGCGGAGGCUUGGCGCGCCCGGGGAGCCGACCUCUGCACCUGGGGGAAGAUGAACACGGCCGGCAAGGCCCGGGUAGGGCCCGCGCCCGACGGGCCUGCGCUGCCCGGGGAGGAAGAGGGCGAGGGGGGCGGCGAGGCGGGCGGGAAGGAGCGGGCGGCAGACGCGGCCCCCGGGCCCAGCGCCGCGUUCCGUCUCAUGGUGACUCGGCGGGAGCCGGCCGUGAAGCUGCAAUACGCGGCGAGCGGCCUGGAGCCGCUGGCCUGGUCUGAGGACCACCGCGUGUCUGUGUCCACCGCCCGCAGCAUCGCUGUGCUGGAGCUCAUCUGCGACGUGCACAACCCAGGCCAGGACCUGGUUAUCCACCGCACCUCGGUGCCUGCCCCUCUCAACAGCUGCCUCCUCAAAGUUGGCUCAAAAACAGAAGUUGCUGAGUGCAAAGAGAAAUUUGCCACCUCUAAGGACCCCACAAUCAGCCAGACUUUCAUGUUGGAUAGGGUGUUCAACCCUGAGGGGAAGGCUUUGCCACCAAUGAGAGGAUUCAAAUACACUAGCUGGUCCCCCAUGGGUUGUGAUGCUAAUGGCAGGUGCCUCUUGGCAGCACUGACCAUGGACAAUCGCUUGACCAUCCAGGCCAACCUCAAUAGACUACAGUGGGUCCAGCUGGUCGAUCUGACGGAGAUUUAUGGAGAACGUCUUUAUGAGACCAAUUACAGGCUCUCUAAAAAUGAAGCCCCAGAAGGAAAUCUCGGGGAUUUUGCCGAGUUUCAGAGGAGACACAGCAUGCAGACCCCAGUCAGAAUGGAGUGGUCGGGCAUCUGUACUACUCAGCAGGUCAAGCAUAACAACGAAUGUCGGGACGUUGGCAGUGUGCUCCUGGCUGUCCUCUUUGAAAAUGGUAAUAUUGCCGUGUGGCAGUUUCAGCUACCGUUUGUAGGAAAGGAAUCCAUCUCUUCAUGCAACACAAUUGAGUCAGGAAUCAGCUCUCCUAGUGUUUUGUUUUGGUGGGAAUAUGAGCACAAUAAUCGGAAAAUGAGUGGCCUUAUUGUGGGGAGUGCUUUUGGACCUGUAAAAAUUCUUCCUGUCAAUCUCAAAGCAGUCAAAGGCUAUUUCACUUUAAGGCAGCCUGUUGUCUUGUGGAAAGAAAUGGACCAGUUGCCUGUGCACAGCAUCAAAUGUGUGCCACUUUAUCACCCUUACCAGAAGUGUAGUUGUAGCUUAGUGGUGGCUGCAAGAGGCUCCUAUGUGUUUUGGUGUCUUCUUCUGAUCUCCAAAGCAGGGCUGAAUGUUCACAAUUCCCAUGUCACAGGUCUUCACUCCCUGCCAAUUGUCUCCAUGACUGCAGACAAACAGAACGGAACAGUCUAUACUUGUUCCAGCGAUGGCAAAGUGAGGCAGCUGAUUCCCAUUUUCACAGAUGUUGCAUUAAAGUUUGAACACCAGUUGAUUAAACUCUCAGAUGUGUUUGGCUCGGUGAGGACUCACGGGAUAGCCGUGAGCCCCUGUGGUGCGUACCUAGCCAUCAUUACCACUGAGGGCAUGGUCAAUGGUCUGCAUCCUGUUAACAAAAACUACCAGGUCCAGUUUGUUACUCUCAAAACCUUUGAAGAGGCAGCUGCUCAGCUCCUGGAAUCUUCAGUUCAGAAUCUUUUUAAGCAGGUAGAUUUAAUAGACCUAGUACGCUGGAAGAUUUUAAGAGAUAAACAUAUCCCUCAAUUUUUACAAGAAGCUUUGGAAAAAAAGAUUGAAAGCAGUGGAGUCACCUACUUUUGGCGUUUUAAGCUCUUCCUCUUGAGGAUUUUAUAUCAGUCAAUGCAGAAGACCCCUUCAGAAGCCUUGUGGAAACCUGCCCAUGAGGACUCAAAGAUCUUACUAGUUGACUCACCUGGGAUGGGCAAUGCUGAGGAUGAGCCGCAAGAAGAAGGCACUUCUUCCAAACAGGUGACUAAGCAGGGCCUGCAGGAGAGGAGCAAAGACGGCGAUGCCGAGGAGCCCGCUGAUGACUCACUCCCCCAGACCGGAGAUGUCGGAGGCCGUGAGCCAAUGGAGGAGAAACUUCUAGAAAUCCAGGGGAAGAUUGAAGCUGUGGAGAUGCACUUGACCAGGGAACACAUGAAGCGUGUCUUAGGAGAAGUGUAUCUGCACACCUGGAUCACAGAAAACACCAGCAUUCCGACCAGAGGACUCUGUAACUUUUUAAUGUCUGAUGAAGAGUAUGAUGACAGAACAGCACGGGUGCUGAUUGGACAUAUCUCAAAGAAGAUGAACAAACAAACUUUCCCUGAGCACUGUAGUUUGUGUAAAGAGAUCUUGCCAUUCACAGAUCGCAAACAGGCAGUCUGUUCCAAUGGCCACAUUUGGCUCCGGUGCUUUUUAACCUACCAGUCCUGCCAGAGUUUGAUAUACAGAAGGUGUUUGCUCCAUGACAGCAUUGCCCGGCAUCCAGCUCCAGAAGAUCCUGACUGGAUUAAGAGGUUACUGCAGAGUCCCUGCCCUUUCUGUGAUUCUCCUGUCUUCUAAGUGUCAGUGUUGGGAGGAUGGAAGGGCAUGAACUCUGCUGUGGAAAACACCCUCUGGCCCGAAGAGAGGACGCGCUGGAGCAAGCCUGGCCCCCGCAAGUGCAGAGGCAGCCUUCGUGCUUGUAAAGAGGGGCGUAGGCACUCAUUUCUGAAGGGCACUCUCCAUCGCUAGGCACUAAAGGGUGUCUUCUGAAAUGACCAAAUGCAGAGAGUUUGAGUCAUUUUGAGAUGAACAUUACCCUGGCUUCUUACCCGAUGAGGAACACUUAUUUUUCAAGUGUCUUGACUGAAGCAAUUUGAACAAAAAGAAUGUCCUGUCAUUUCUAGAAACAGAAUGGUGUCUUCUAGAGAGUUUGGAUAAGGGCCCCGCUGGGCCGAAUUAGGUUUUAAUCCUUGCUUUGGUUUGGAACUGCUUUGUGGCUCCAGAGAGCUUAAAUUACCCGGUACGUGGCUUUCGAUGUACCAACAGAUACUAAAAGUGUCUAAAACAACAUGUGGGCUGAUGUUUUGUUCUCAGUAAACAUCUGUAGAUCUGUAUCCUGUCAAUUCCUGUUUUCCAUGUAUAUUGAAAACAUUUUCCUAAAACUAUAUUUUUAAGAAGUUGAAGCCAAGACUAAAGUUGGUUUUAAUGUGUCAAAUGAUCAGCUGACUAUUGUAAGUAAUAAUUGUAAGUGACUUAUUUUUCAUUCUCUCUUGUGUCAUUCAACUUCCUGACCCACCUCCUUAAUUUGUAUAAAGAUGUCGAAUACUCCAGUUCACCCAUGACACAGCCCUGCUUCAGACUUACCUGUGACAACCUAGAUGAGAUAUUUGUACAUAGAAGAAAAAAGAUAUUUUCUUCCUUUAGCAUUAAAUCAAAAUGUUCUGUAUUUUAAAUGUUGACAUUUCCAGGUGUUUCAUUUAAUAUCGAGGAUAGGAGUCUGUCUAGAGACUUUUCGAGAGAGAUGAGCAGCUCAGAAGUGGAGACCCUUGAGCUCUGGUGCUAAAAGCGUGUGCAGCUCAGUCAAAAAGAGCCUGGGACUUUCUUCUCUCUGCGAAGGUCCUUGAUAUUUGGAAUACAGGUAUUUUUUUUUCCUGUGGCAUACUAAGAGGCAAUGUCAGACAUCAGUUUUGUCAAUUUGAUUAAUUGCUCUUAGAACCGAAAAGAUAUUUUGGAAUUACAGUGUUCUUGGAUUCUUAAAAUAAAUGUCCCAUCAUUUAGGGUUAUGCUAGGGGGUUAUGCUAAUCAAUGGGACUAUAACACACACAUCUUGGAAUGGUGCAUAUUUCUGAGAAGUUGGAUAAGAAAUAGAAAAUAUGAAAUGUUAACUCAUGUUUCAUGCUUUUUCCUUUAUUCUCAUAUAAUAUCUUGCUAUUAUGUAUCCUCAAUGAAAGACGUUUGUCCUCACUUUAGAAACAGCAUUUUAAUGUUUGCAAAACCCUGAAAUGGUGACCCUCUACCCCUGUUGGUAGAUAAUGGAGACAAGAGCCCUUGAGAGACACUUCCAAACAGUCUGCUCUGAAAUGUCUCAUUUCCUAUUCAAAUUGCUGUUUUGUUCUAUGUUUAAUUACAUAUUUGCUAUAGUCUUCUGCUUAUUUUUCUUGUUUUGGUGGUAAUUUCAAGAGUAGUGUUUCUCCAGACUUUAGGGUCUAGCAUGUUAAAUUGAUUUUCAAGAAAGAGAACCAGGCAUCAUUGAAAUCAUGAAUAACAGUCUGAACAUUAUAUAUUUGAAGUCUUUUUUGUGCCUGCAGCUGUUUCUUUCACUUUACAAUAAAUAUAACAGUAAAAACUGAGAUCAUGUCAAAAAAAUUAUUGCAGUUUUAAUAAUCAUGGCUUGCUUAGUUUCACUUAUUUUUUUGUUCCUAAUCAGAGUCAGUAGGGAUUUGUUCUUACUAGGGAUUUUGUGCUGCUGCCAUUUAAAACUUUCAUUAAGUUUUUACAUAAGCAGUUGUACAUUUUUGAGAAAAUAUCACUGUUAGCAACUAGAAAGGGGCCUCCCAAAUCAUUUUUUAUGUCUCUAUAGGAGUGUACAUGGCCACAGUUUUACUAGAACAUUGGUUCUCUGCAAGGUCCUGGCUCAGUGGCAUCCUUAAGACCCUGAAAUCCAGCCGGCGCCUGCCUUGGCCAAGUUUCUGCACACAGUUGAGCGGCCUUUCCCCACUGCUCUCCCCCAUCCGUGGAGUUAAACCACUGAGCUGGGGAAAUAAGAAGAGCUUUUGAGUUAAUGGUAGCCUCAUAAACAGCACACUUCUGAAUUUCUCUAAGUGUCAGCAUGCCUGAUGAUAGUGUUGGUCAGUGAAACCUUAGGAAAGAGGAAGUGGCACCAGAAAUGUUUAUUUUAUUUCAUUUUAUUUAGAGACAGUGUCUUGCUUUGUUGCCCAACCCCUGUUGGCUGAGUGCAGUGGUGCAGUCGUAGCCCACUGCAACCUCGAACUCGGCACCAAGAAUCUUCGAAUUGCAUCUUCUAGUUUAUACUUACAGCCUCUCUACCUUCCUAAAAUUUGCCUGAUCUGUUUGGUAGAAUUCAAGUUGAUUUUAGCUGUAACUGUAAUAACUACUUCAGGAAUGGGAAAAAUAGUAGAAAUGAUACUGCUGAACUGCAUUUAAAGAUUCUAUACAAUUAGACCCUUUAAGCUACAAUAUUGUUGCAUUUUGAGAGUCUGAUAUGCACAUAUGUAUCACAUUUUCUCUGCCUGGGGUUAAUUUGUUCCUAUUAUUUUAGAUAAGAAAUUGAUAGCUUGUUAUGCUUGAUAUUCAUUCUGAAAUCCUUAUGUGUCCAGCACCCAGACUCCAAGCAGUCUCUACCUAUUGUUAUAGCUGCCAAAACUACCAAUUAUUUCUCAGUGUCAGAAGGCAUUAGAACCACUGGCGAAGCUCAUGGGUGAGUGUGACAUUUUUCUGUUUUUCCCUCUCAGAAGUUUUUGAGAAUGUUAAUAUUGAAGUGUAUAGGUUGGACCUAUUAGCAAGUUUAACAGGUUAAUUAGGUUAGAAGAAUGUUAAAAGAUGAUUAAAUAUUAAAAUAUAUUCUGUUAUAAUGGUAUCAGAUAAGACACAAAAGAAAUGCAUGCUUCUUGGUGCUUGUUAAGAGGAUCACAAUGCCUGUUCUCUGAGCAGCUGCUCCCCUUGCCGCAGUUAACUGCCUCAAGUUUGGUGAUUUGCUGCGGUUCCUGGAAUGGAAUCGGGAAUUAGUGUCACGGGUUGAUCCCCACAGGGUCUGUCCCUCCUUUCUGCUCCUGGCUGCUCCCUCUCUUGCUUUUCCUUCCCAAAGAGACCCUCUUGGUUCCCAUUCCUUUAGUUUUCUCAUCUUUAGGACAUAUUCAGAGCUAACAGAUUUCAUGUUUGAAAGAAAAAUGGAUCAAUGAUAAAAUUUCUAAAAACUAAAUCAUGUAGUAAAUUUCCCUUCCAAGAAGAAACUAUUAAACAGUUAUAUUUCUUUCUAAAGGUAAUAGUAUUAAUUGUUAACAACUUGAGAAAUUGUAUCUGGUUUUCUUUAACACUUACAAUUUCCCAGGGUGCUCGUUAACUCUCAGUUGGACUUUGGGCUAAGGGAGGCAAAAUUUUAGCUCGUUGCCACCACCCAUCCCCACUCCCAGCCAGUAGUAGUCUUCGCAGAAAUUCUGGUUAAAGCAGGGCGGAAUGGGUUAUAUUCAAAGUCAGUCCAAAGAGCAAGUAGGCAGACAAAUAAGUGAAUCUCUUUAUGAUUAGCCCACCAGGGACUGUGUUGAGUCUCUGCUUGGCCUCCGUGUAUCUUUAUGCACUUACACUGCUCUCCUGUGUGUUGGUGGAUUGAGCAGUUCAGUGAGACUGGGGGUGGGGGGCGGGCCUCAAGAACCUUUCCCCUCAAGGUUGUUGGAUUUUUUUUUUUUUAAUGACUCUAAAGGAUCUAACUGAAAAUGAAUUGUUUUCAUUUUAGUUGUUAGUGAAAGUAUCCACUGGCAGCCUCAAACAGUUUUAGACUGUCUCUCUCAAGGCUCUCAUAGUUAUUAGAUUUUGAACUGCUCUUUCUUGAAUCUAAAAGAGGAUUUUUGAAGUUAAGAUGCUUCAUUAUCUUUUAACAUGGUAUCUGCUAUUUAGCCUAAAGAUGAAGCAUGUGAAAUUUGGCUGUCCUAAAAUGGAAUUAAACCAAACUCAAAGAAUACAGGGUUGCUUAUAAUUAUCUAAAGUACUACAGUAUCACUACCCUGGUGAAGCGGCAGGUUUUUCAGAAAAGUGUGUGAAAUGGCACAGUUGUAAAUCAGUAUCAGGACUUGUUAGCUAGGAUGUGUCUCAUAGAUAGGAUGUAGCCUGCACGGCUGGUUUAAGACAGUGCUGUUUCUGAAAACCUGCUGUGGGAAUCAUUAACAGAGGAAUGAGUAUUUGUAAAGUCCUAUAGGGAGGUUGAUUUUUUGGUACAUGACUGUUUCUUUUCCAACUCUUACCUGAUUAGGUGGUCCAGCUUUUCUUAUCUUGCAUUUUCUUUGAGUCAUAACUAUAUUCUAGAGGAGAACUAGAAUAAAAUCUGGGAUCCUAGUCAAUGGAACAAUGUAUUUGUUCUUUCUGGUCUUGAGAAGGGUUGAAAAAAGGGAAACAUGAUACAGUCGUACUGAAAUCAAGGUAUAGGCUAUCUAGUUGAAAUACUGUAAAUAGGUUAGUAGAAUUAAAUUUCAGAACUCUAAAUCUUACGUUUAUUUUUAAGCUAGAAAGUUGCUUACCUCACCAUUGUGAAAUCCUGUUACUUUCAUAAAGAAAAAGGUCCUAUAAAAUGGUCAGGUUGGACAGUGUAAGAGAUAGUGAUGGCUUUGAGGCAUUUCAUACUUUAUCAGUUUAUGUUUGGCUAACAGACUGGUAGGGCUUAGGGGUCUCCCCUUUCCCCACUUCUGCAAAAUGGCCUAAGAAUUAUGUUUUCAAGGCUUUGACUCAGAUUUGUACUUUGAUAUAUGAAAGGAAAGUGAAUAUCAAACUUGUUUAUAUAGAAGUAAGACUGUAUAGAAAAAUAAGUCUGUAUUGAGUGUAGUGAUAUAUAUUUUAUGUUUACCCAAUGCCUGUGCUAAUGUUUGUGCUUGGCUUUGAAUUAUAUAUAUGUUUACAUAUGAAAUUUUUAAAAUAAAAAGAACAGUCAUCUAAAAAGGUUAUGGAAAGGAGAUUUUUAAAAAAUUCUGAUUAGAUGGUAUGUUUUAGAUAUUUGGUGUUUAAAUUAAAAAUCUUUAAUAACACAUUUUGCUGGGAAUACCCCCGAUCCAGAAAAAUUGGCUGCUUCUCUCGAUUGUAUAUAUGUACAUAGUGUUCAUUAUUAGAUUGUAAGCUCCUCCAGGGCAGGAAGUGUUUCGUCUUUGUCGUUCCUGCAGCACCUAAUGUAGAGAGUGCCUUGCACAGGGUAGGUGCUCAUGACAUGAAUGAGUGAGUGACUUCCUGCCUCCUUCAGGAUGAAACAUGGUUCACUUUUCCAGUGUGUUCAACACUACAAAGCCACUAAUGCCAGAAGAGGGCAGAGUUCUUCCUUGGGUUUGAACCAGGUUUCUUGGGUUGAAUCAGACCAGACCAUAUCCUCUUUAACCUUCUUUUCCUGAAGAUAAUCUGUCAGUUCCUGAGCGUUUAUCUAAUAAUAGAGCUCAGGUUUCUGGGAAAACUUUGAAGUGGGUAAGAUUAUACAGAAAAGGAAAUAGAAAUUUUGAGAGGAUUGUUUAUCAGUAUACAGCUCUGUGGGGCAAUCAUAUUUUAGUUCUUACUAACGAAAAGGGUGACAGAUCCUCUGUUUCUUUACCAAUUAGCUGGUUGACCAUUCAUCCAGUUGACAAAAUCAUUGGUUUUUAGCUUUUUCUUGUUUUGGAUUCCCCUCAAUUGCUUAUAUGAUUCUAGUAUUUAGAGUCUAAUAAAGUUGCUGUGAAUAUCUAGUGCUGUACAUAAUGGCAGUUUUUAAAUGUGAAAUAACCUUGAGUAUGUUGUGUUUUUGUAUGCAGAGCCAUUAGUAUUGUUAUUUUGGCCACUUUUUUAUUCAAAAUAAAUAAAUAACAGAAUUAUUUGUA